CUAGCAAAGAGGAAGUUGUCACAUCACUCUCCCAGUUCCACUCACAUGCAUUUGCAUUCAGUUACAGUAGCGAGGAAGACACCAACAUGAUCUCGAUUUGGGUUGCGCCACAAUUUUUAAAAACAAGUGUUCUAUGGAGACUGUUGACUUUAAUUUUCACUGUAAGUUGGCCCUUGGCCUCCCAAGAAAGUGUUGUUGCUCAGAUUCAACUCGGAGGUGAAGUUGGAAAGAAUGUGACCAUUCGCUGUCCUGUGGACCAGCAUAAGACGAUCCAAUUCUUCUACUUCCAAAGGGGCGGAGAAUUUGUAAAUGGCUUCCAUAUAUUGAGAAACAUAACAAAGGAGAAAUGGGAAAACACCAGAGUGGAAAACAACAAUGCAAACGUCCAAAUGAUCAAACUGAAGGCUUCGUAUAGUGGAGACUAUCAGUGUUACAUCCAGUAUAAUGAAAGGCCAAAUGUUUCUGUCACAGGCAUACACCUCAGUGUCACAGCCAACUACAGCAAACCUGCAGUCACAACGUUUUGUUCUGCACAUCGCUGCCUGUCAACAUGUGCCUCACAUGGAGGCUAUCCGCACACCGAGUUGAUGUGGAAUGUCGAGAACAGCAGUGGCCUCACAUGGAAGGUUCUGAACGUGAGCGAAGAGAGCGAUCCAAAAACACUGUUGUACAACAUUUCCAGUACCGUGUCCUUCAACUGCUCUGAUGGAGAAGAAACAUUCAUUAGUUGUUCCGUGGGUGGUGUCACAUCUGAGUCGUUGUCUGUCUGCAUUCCAAAGUAUCACAUUCCUAUUGUAAAAACAGCAAUCUGUUCAGUGAUGUUGUUCAUCGCAACGAUUCCAUUGGUGCUGGCAUGGAAAUACAUAAAACAGAAGAAAAGUGCAGCAGUAACUAAUUUAGCUGUAGAUCCAAGAGAAAUAAAGGCCCUCAAUUAAGGCCAAAGAGAGAAGACCCUGCAGUUGUGAACUACUGAAGGAUAAUCCACUACCCUCAAAAACUCAAGAGAGUAUAAUUAUGAUUUUCAAAAUAUUUAGACAGGCGCUACCUUGCUUUCUUUCAGGAUUGUGGAUAUUCACAAUUCAUAUAUAUAUAUAU